AUGUCUUCUAACAAGUUUGAUUCUCAGGCUUCUACCAACUACAAGGAGGCUUUCGCUCUGUUCGACAAGCGCGGAAACGGCCGUGUCACUGUUGACAGCCUCGGUGAUCUGCUGCGCGCCUGCGGUCAGAACCCUACCCUCGCUGAGAUCCAGGACCUCGAGAAGAAUGUCGGUGGUGAAUAUACAGUCGACUUUGAGACAUUCCAGCGUGUUUUGAACCGCCCCGGCGGCUUCCGCGAUCCCGGCGAGCCUGAGGAAUACUGCCGCGGUUUCCAAGUGUUUGAUAAGGAUAUGACGGGUUUCAUCGGCGUCGGCCAGCUCAAGUACAUUCUGACAAACCUGGGCGAGAAGAUGACUGAUGAGGAGGUCGAUGAGCUCCUCAAGGCCGUUGACACCAGCUCAGGCCAGGUCAACUACACCGACCUCGUGCGAACCAUCCUCGCCAACUAG